ACAACAAAUGCCCCCGUAUAAUUAUUUAUCAACGUCACGUUAGACACGUCUGUUUCGUAGCAAACCUAACCUAAAAAGCCAUUAAAAGAAAAUAAUUCUCGGUCGGAUUUGGGCUGUGUCCUUUCAAAAUAAUGGAUUCAAUGAAGUACUUGAGUAACUAGUGUAGUUAGAAUGGAGGGCGAUUCGGAUAAGACAUCGUUUUGGAAAAAGAACAUAAAAACGGUGCCUGGAAGACCGAGCCCGAAAAGAGAUGUUAAACCAAAUAGUAAAGCGAAACCUGCUGGUACCACAUCAUUUCAAGAUUUCCAGGCGUCAGUCAGUGAUGCCUGGGACAUGGACGAUGAUGAUAUUUGUGUGAUAUCAAGCUUAGAAAACACCAAAAUAUCAAAGAAAGUAUCACAAUCAGCAGCUUUAAAUGUGUUAAAUACUCAUCGAAAUACUACAACUGAAGAAAACUCUGUGUCCACAAGUGAUACACCAGCAAAUAAGCCGCUUACUGUUACACCAGAAAUUGAAACUGUUAGGAGUAGAAUACCUGGAAGACCUCAACAGUUAGUGAAUCUAAAUCCCCCACAAGAGGAGGAUACACUGCAAAAGCUGGGCAGAUUUGAGGAACUGUUAGUCAACUCACCAUCACUCCAAGAUUUGUGCAAACUGAGUUGGUCUGGUAUACCUGUUAAAGUGAGAGCCAUAACUUGGAGGUUGUUAUCUGGUUAUUUACCCAUAAAUUUAGAACGAAGGAACGGCGUCCUGGAAAGAAAAAGACAAGACUAUUGGACUUUGGUGGAUAAAUAUUAUUACACUGAUCAUGAUGAAACAAACCGUGACAUUCAACACCAAAUUAACAUAGAUGUGCCAAGAAUGAAUCCCUCUAUUCCAUUAUUUCAACAGAAAACCGUUCAAAUUAUGUUCGAACGUAUUUUAUUCAUAUGGUCCAUUCGUCAUCCCGCUUCUGGAUACGUUCAGGGAAUUAAUGACUUAGUUACACCUUUUUAUGUAGUUUUUUUGCAAGAGUAUUUAUCAGACAACCAGCCUUUUGAAACGUUUAAUGUUGACACACUGGAUAAGGAAAAGUUGAAGAUUAUAGAAGCCGAUUCGUUUUGGUGUUUGUCUAAGUUUUUGGAUGGAAUACAGGACAAUUAUGUUUUUGCACAAAUUGGAAUUCAGAAGAAGGUAUUACAACUUGAAGAUCUGAUUAAACGAGUCGAUGAGACUUUGCAUAAACAUUUAAAACAGCACAACGUUAGUUACCUACAAUUUUCUUUUCGUUGGUUGAAUAAUUUAUUAACAAGAGAGCUUCCAUUACGAUGCACCAUAAGACUGUGGGACACUUACUUAGCUGAGAAUGACUGCUUUGCUACGUUUCAAUUAUAUGUAUGUGCCGCUUUCUUGUUGUACUGGAAAGAUAAUUUGAUGAGGGAAAGAGAUUUUCAAGGUUUACUCAUGUUGUUACAAAAUUUACCGACACAAUCAUGGACCAGUUCACAGAUAAGCCUUUUGGUGGCGGAAGCCUACAAACUGAAAGUUAUGUUCGCUGAUUCCCCAAAUCACCUUUUAUGUAAUACUGGCGAUAGUUGAGUGCAUAUUUUACGUUUUAAUUUUUCAUAUUCGAUUGGUUCUGUUCUUGUUGUAAAUAUUGACUUCAAAUAUUUUUAUAUAUUAAAAUCUAAUGUGAUUAAUAAAUUUUCAUAUAAUAUCACUUGUUAUGACUGGAGUACAAAUUUAAGACGUUUGAUGGAUUUUUGAAUUUGUAUGGGACUGUGUUAACACUGGAACUGGUAAAUUCCAGUCAAUUACCUAGAAUAAUCCAGUGAUUCAUUUACAAGACCCUUGUAUAAGUAAAUUUAAUGUAGAUUUGUUACUGAUUUAUACAUAUUAGAUUAAUAAAUCAUUCUUAAUUCAG